AUGCUGAGCAAACCAGUGUGCAUUAAUGAUUUCGAGCAACAUGCAAAGGAGAUUCUUCCGAAAGCAGUAUAUGAUUAUUACCGUUCAGGAGCAGAUGAACAACAGACAUUAAGGGACAACGUGGCUGCUUUCUCAAGAUGGAGUCUAUGUCCCAGGGUGCUCAGGGAUGUGUCAAAAGUGGAUUUGUCGGUGACUGUCUUGGGUCAGAGAAUCAACAUGCCCAUUUGUGUAUCAGCCACUGCCAUGCAAAGGAUGGCACAUCCAGAAGGUGAAGUGGCGACUGUGAAAGCCUGUGGAAGGCUAGGCACAGGCAUGAUGCUGAGUACCUGGGCUACCUCCAGCAUUGAGGAAGUGGCUGAGGCAGUUCCCAGUGCGACACGUUGGCUGCAGUUGUACAUCUACAAGGAUCGGGAGCUGACUAAAUCCCUGGUGAGGAGAGCGGAGAAGGCUGGCUACUGCGGAGUCUUCCUAACCGUUGACACUCCCUACCUGGGGAAGCGUUUGGCAGAUGUGCGGAACAAGUUCAAACUGCCCCCUCACUUGAGGAUGGCAAACUUUGAGACACUCGAUCUGGCAUUUUCCAAAAAGGACUAUGGAGAUGACAGUGGGUUGGCUGUGUACACAGCUGAUGCUAUCGACUCCUCUAUAAAAUGGGAGGACAUUGACUGGCUGCGGGAGCUGACUAAACUGCCCAUCGUUCUCAAAGGCAUCUUGAGAGCUGAUGAUGCCAGAGAAGCUGCUAAGCAUGGAAUUGACGGGAUACUUGUAUCAAAUCAUGGAGCGAGGCAACUGGAUUGUGUGCCAGCCACAAUUGAUGCCCUGGGCGAGAUCACUGACGCUGUGGGAGGGAAGGUUGAAGUCUUCCUGGAUGGCGGAGUGCGGAAGGGCAGUGAUGUGCUGAAGGCUCUCGCACUAGGUGCCAAGGCUGUGUUUGUGGGCAGACCGAUCCUCUGGGGCUUGGCAUACCAGGGGGAAGAAGGCGUUUGUGACGUUCUGCAGAUGCUCAAGGAUGAAUUCAAGUUAGCGUUGGCUCUUGCAGGUCAGUGGCAUGAUGUGGGUGCUCCAGGCCGGGCUAUCAUUGAUUACCCAUCCAUAGCUACCCUUGUGAAGAUUGUGUUGAGCUACAUUCGUGGAUCAUAG